AUCAUUUUACAAUUUUAUUUUUUUUAAAAAAUAUAUAUAUAUAUAACACUUUUCCAUUUUUGUGUUAGUUAAUUCUGUUACUUAAGAAAUUUUUCAUUAAAAGCCGAAUCGAACUAAUAAUAAAUGAUUUAAGAACCAACAAAGGAAACUCUUGGUACUGCGCUACGAAAGAGCGACAUUGGUCGAAAUUCUGCCGCAGAGGAUCUUUUUUAAAUUCUUAAUACCCAAAUAUGAAUAAAUCAUGUAAUACAAUUAAUGAUUGGAUGGAAGAUUUCUUUACCAUAUAAACAAAUAUAUCGAUGAUAAUAAAAAAUUUAAAGGGGUAAAAUUGUAAACAAAGGAACAAUCUAUUCGGAAAAAAGGGGGUAAAACUGCAAGAAUUUCAAAUAGUUUCGAAAGUUAAAAAAUUUUUUUUUUUAAGCAUAAUUUUUUUUCUUUUAUCUAUUACAUAAGGUUUAGUCAAAGUUUUAAAACAUGCACGAUAUAUAAUUUGAAAUUAAUAACAGAUAAUAUUACUUAUUUACAUAAUAGUAUAAAUAAAUUGUUCUUCUCUUGAUCCUCUUUCACUUUCAAUUUCUUCUCCUUAUUAUAAAACUUUCUCCUUAUGCAAAGUAUGAAAGGAAUAUUUUUCUCACAUUUCAUUUAUUUCCAAACAAAGGAAUUUUUAUUCUGGAAUCAUCCCAUGAUCCAUGAUGAUGAUGAUGAUGACGAUGUUGAGGAUGAUGUUAAUGUUGGAGGAUGAUGUUAUGUUACAAUAUGUAAAUUAUCCUAUACUAUUACUUUACGUAUUUUAAGUACAAUGAGGUAAAAUUGCAACAUAGCCUCAUAGUCAUAGGUAAGUAGAUCCUUUUUUUUUUUUCCUUAAUUGCUAAACAAGAUGCCCCUUUCCCUAUUUUUAAUCAUGGUACCUAUACCUAAAUUAUCCGUUCCCUGUACCGAUCACCUAUUCAAUAUACCAAUGAAUGAUUUUUUCCAUAUUUUUGUAUAUUUUUGUGUAUAUUUUGUAAAUUUUGCAUUUCUCGUGAUCCUGAGAAAUAAAAUAUGCAAUUAUUCCCCUA